CUGUCCACUGUGGGUUCGGAUUUCGACUUGCGGACUCUCCGGGCUGUGAGAGUACUGAGGCCUCUCAAACUGGUUUCUGGUAUACCCAGUUUACAGGUGGUGCUUAAAUCCAUCAUGAAGGCCAUGAUUCCUCUGCUGCAAAUUGGCCUGCUGCUUUUCUUUGCCAUCCUCAUGUUUGCCAUCAUUGGCUUGGAGUUCUACAUGGGAAAAUUCCACUCAACCUGCUUUGACAAUCAAACAGAUGAGAUCCGAGAAGAGUUUCCAUGCGGGCUUGAAGCUCCAUCGCGGCUGUGUCCUAGUGGAACCACUUGUAAACAGUACUGGUUGGGACCAAACUACGGGAUCACUCAAUUUGACAACAUCCUGUUUGCUAUUCUGACCGUUUUCCAAUGUAUCACCAUGGAGGGUUGGACGGAGCUGCUCUACUAUAGCAACGACGCCUCAGGGAGUGCAUGGAACUGGAUGUACUUCAUUCCCCUUAUCAUCAUCGGCUCCUUCUUCAUGCUCAACCUGGUGCUUGGUGUGCUGUCAGGGGAGUUUGCCAAAGAGAGAGAGCGUGUGGAGAACAGGAGCGAGUUCCUGAAGCUCAGAAGACAACAGCAGAUUGAGAGAGAACUCAAUGGAUACCUGGAGUGGAUCUGCAAAGCUGAAGAGGUCAUCUUGGCAGACGAUGAAAAUGAAAAUGACUAUGAUGGUUCUCGUAGAAGAGCCACAAAGAACCAUAAGAGCAAGGCAGAGCUUCUAAACCCUGAGGAAGGGGAGGUAGAUCUGGCAGUGGGUUCACCUUUUGCCCGUGCCAGCCUAAAGAGCUCUAAGCUUGAAGGAUCAACUUUUAAGAGGCGGGAGCGACGAUUCCGCUUCUUUGUCCGACACGUUGUCAAGUCUCAGGCCUUCUACUGGACCGUACUGUGUCUGGUGGGCCUCAACACGCUGUGUGUGGCUGUGGUGCACUACGACCAGCCCGAGCCACUCUCAGAUUUUCUAUAUUUUGCUGAAUUAAUCUUUCUGGGAAUAUUCCUGACUGAGAUGUGUGUAAAGAUGUACGGCCUGGGCAAGCAGGCCUACCUCAACUCCUCCUUCAACUGCUUCGACUGCAUUGUGAUCAGCGGCAGCAUUUUUGAAGUCUUUUGGUCCAUCAUCCAGCCGGGUACGUCUUUUGGCAUCAGUGUGCUACGAGCUCUCAGGUUAUUGAGGAUAUUCAAAGUCACCAAGUACUGGGCAUCUUUGCGUAACCUUGUCGUCUCUCUGCUCAACUCCAUGAAGUCCAUCAUCAGCUUGCUCUUCCUGCUCUUCCUCUUCAUAGUUGUCUUUGCCCUGCUGGGCAUGCAGCUCUUCGGUGGACAGUUUAAUUUUGAAAAUGGCACCCCUCCGACCAAUUUCGAUACCUUCCCUGCAGCAAUAAUGACUGUGUUUCAGAUCCUUACCGGGGAAGACUGGAACAUGGUGAUGUACGAUGGCAUCAAGUCUCAGGGUGGAGUCAACAAGGGCAUGGCCUUCUCUGUCUUCUUCAUUGUUCUCACACUUUUUGGCAACUAUACUCUGCUAAAUGUGUUCUUGGCUAUCGCUGUGGACAAUUUGGCAAAUGCACAGGAAUUGACCAAGGAUGAACAAGAGGAAGAGCAGGCAGCAAAUCAGAAGAUUGCCCUACAGAAAGCCAAGGAGGUGGCUGAAGUCAGUCCAUUGUCUGCAGCAAACCUCUCCAUUGCAGCCAACAAAGUACACAGUGAGUGUCACAACGCAACCGACCCCUUUCUGGACUGUAAAGAGCAGCAGAAGAACAACAAUAAAGGGGUCAAUAAGUCAGUGUGGGAACAGCGCACCAAGGAGCUGAGGAAGCAGACUCUGGCCUCCAGCCGCGAGGCCCUCUACAACGAGCUGGACCCUGAAGAACACUGGAAGGCAAGGACAGGGAGGGAGGAGCAAAACAAUGUCAACUAUUCACGCCAAAUCCGUCCAGAUAUGAAGACCCACCUGGAUCGACCCCUCGUUGUUGACCCCCUUGAGAACAGAAACAACAACACCAACAAGAACACUGCCAACAAUUCAGACCUCUACGUCAGCCAGCACCAUCCUGCUGAAGAGCUCCACAAGCAAACGCGGCUCCACGAGCACCCUGGCCAAGUAGAAGGGGUUGGUGGAGGGGGUUCAGGCCCACCCAGACCUCCCCUGGAUCGAGGGGAGUCAACAGAGAGCAGACGGAGCCGUAAAGGUGAGCACCACCACAAAUCUCAUGUCCGAUUGGAUGCCACCGUAAUUCCUGGCCCAGGCUUGGAGGAAAGGCCGUCCAGACGUCAUCGUCACACCCGGAGCGGCAGUCGGGGGGGAGGGCAGUCAGAGCACAGGAAGCCCAGGUCCCAUCGAAAAAAUGCAGAAGAUGGAAAUGACGGUGGGGAAGGAGCUGGAAAAUCAGGAAGACAUAAGAGCAAAGGGGUCGAAGGGGGUGGAGAAGGAGAGCACGAGGGAGCGGUCGACGGCAGCGAGAGGAGGCCAAGAAGAAAUCGCCAUGGAAAUCAAGCAGAGGGUGAGGGGAAAAGGAUGUGCCAACACAGAAGGAAGGACUGCAGUGUCCCCAACCUGUCUACCACACGGCCCAUCCAGAAGAGCCUUUCCAGGCAGAAUAGCCAGUACAGUGAGGACAUGGACAACCUCAUGAACACCAAACUGGUGUCUGGCUCUCCACCCACCGAAGGCUACCCUAACCCAGUUACCAAGCGUACUGUAGCUCAUGGCUUUGGAUCUGCCCUCCAUCUUGUCAACAGUGGCACUCGUGGAAGUCUGGUCACAUUGGAUAGUUAUGGAAAUAUUGGACAUCGCCGUGCCAACAGUGUGAUCAGGUUACCCCACCCUGACUACACAGCUGUGGAUAUGCCAAUCUUUCCUUCUACCAAUGCCAUCCUGCAAGUUAAUAAAAACGCCAACACGGAGCCCCUUCCAGCAAAGGAGGACAAGGAUGAUGAUGACGAAAAGGGAGGCGAAGGAGGACCCAGGCCUAUGCCUCCAUACAGCUCCAUGUUCAUUUUGUCCACCACCAAUCCGUUUCGGCGGGCCUGUCACUACGUCUGCACCCUGCGAUAUUUUGAGAUGUGCAUCCUGCUGGUUAUUGCCAUGAGCAGUAUUGCUUUGGCUGCUGAGGACCCAGUCUGGCCCGAAUCCCCCAGAAAUAAUGUUCUCCGCUAUUUCGACUAUGUCUUCACUGGAGUGUUUACUUUUGAGAUGUUGGUAAAGAUGGUAGAUCUGGGGUUGGUCUUGCACCAGGGCUCUUAUUUCCGGGACUUGUGGAACAUCCUUGACUUUAUAGUGGUUAGUGGUGCUCUGGUGGCCUUCGCCUUCACGGGGAACAGUAAAGGAAAGGACAUCAGUACCAUCAAAUCUUUGCGAGUCCUGAGAGUGUUACGUCCUCUGAAGACUAUUAAACGUCUUCCGAAACUCAAGGCUGUGUUUGACUGCGUGGUGAACUCUCUGAAAAAUGUGCUGAACAUCCUGAUCGUCUACCUACUUUUCAUGUUCAUCUUUGCGGUGGUGGCCGUACAGCUGUUCAAGGGCCGUUUCUUUUACUGCACUGAUGAAUCUAAAGAGUUUGAGCGUGACUGCAGAGGCGAGUAUCUAGUGUACGAACGCGAUAACGAAGUGAAGGCGCAGAAGCGGGAGUGGAAGAAAUACGAUUUCCACUAUGACAAUGUGGCUUGGGCCCUUCUCACCCUCUUCACCGUUUCUACCGGAGAGGGGUGGCCGCAGGUGCUGAAACAUUCAGUAGAUGCGACUUAUGAGAAUCAGGGCCCGAGCCCCGGAUACAGGAUGGAAAUGUCCAUCUUUUACGUGGUGUACUUCGUGGUCUUCCCCUUCUUCUUCGUCAACAUCUUCGUCGCUCUCAUCAUCAUCACCUUCCAGGAACAGGGAGACAAGAUGAUGGAGGACUAUAGUUUAGAAAAGAAUGAGAGAGCUUGCAUUGACUUUGCAAUUAACGCUAGGCCUCUGACACGUCACAUGCCUCAAAACAAGCUGAGCUUUCAAUACCGAAUGUGGGAAUUUGUGGUGUCUCCGCCAUUUGAAUACACUAUCAUGGCUAUGAUUGCCCUCAACACAGUAGUGCUGAUGAUGAAGUAUGAUGGAGCUUCUGAAACCUAUGAAGCUGUGCUAGCCAAGUUGAACAUAGUUUUCACCUCCCUCUUCUCCAUGGAGUGUAUCCUCAAAAUCAUCGCCUUCGGAGUAUUGAAUUAUUUCAAAGAUGCCUGGAAUAUUUUUGACUUUGUGACAGUCCUGGGCAGCGUUACUGACAUCCUGGUUACAGAGCUUGGGGAUAAUUUCAUCAACUUAAGUUUCCUAAGGCUGUUCAGGGCAGCUCGUCUCAUCAAGCUGCUGAGGCAGGGAGAAACCAUUCGGAUCCUGCUCUGGACUUUCGUUCAAUCUUUCAAGGCAUUGCCUUAUGUCUGCCUCCUCAUUGCGAUGCUGUUUUUCAUCUAUGCCAUCAUUGGGAUGCAGCUGUUUGGGAACAUUGCAAUUGAAGAAGAUGGAGACAGUGCCAUUGAUCAGCACAACAACUUCAGGACUUUCAUACAGGCUUUAAUGCUUCUCUUUAGGAGUGCGACCGGGGAAGCAUGGCACGAGAUCAUGCUUGCAUGUUUGGGGGGUAAGGACUGUGACCCCCUGUCAGGGAAUUCAGAGCCAGAGUGUGGUAGCCAGGUUGCCUACCUCUACUUUGUCUCCUUCAUCUUCUUCUGUUCGUUCUUGAUGCUGAAUCUGUUCGUUGCUGUCAUCAUGGACAACUUUGAGUACCUGACUAGAGAUUCAUCUAUUCUGGGACCUCAUCACCUGGAUGAGUAUGUCAGGAUAUGGGCCGAAUAUGAUCCUGCUGCCUGCGGGCGCAUACAUUAUAAGGACAUGUACAGUUUAUUACGGGUCAUCGACCCGCCUCUCGGCUUAGGCAAGAAAUGCCCCCAUAGGGUGGCCUGCAAGAGAUUGCUCCGAAUGGAUCUGCCCGUGGCCGAUGACAACACAGUCCACUUUAACUCCACCCUUAUGGCUUUGAUCCGCACAGCCCUUGACAUCAAGAUCGCCAAGGGUACGGAAGGUGGUAUUGACAAGCACCAGAUGGAUGCAGAGCUGAGGAAAGAGAUGAUGGCGAUCUGGCCCAACCUCUCUCAGAAGACUCUGGAUUUGCUGGUUACGCCGCACAAGUCGACAGACCUGACCGUUGGGAAAAUUUACGCUGCUAUGAUGAUCAUGGAGUACUACCGGCAGAGCAAGAUCAAACGUUCACAGGCUCUUCGGGACGAGCAGCGCGUGGAGCCAUCUACCCCCGCCCUGGAAGGGGGUCCAAGACCUAACAACGCCCUGCCACCGCCAGACACAACAGAGAGUGCCAACAAACUGGCAGUGGAUGGUGGCAUCCCAGAGAGCCAGUCGUGGGUGACGGCUCGGGCCCAGGAGAUGUCCCAGAAGGCUGGCAGCUGGAGCCCCGAGGGACACUCUGAGGACGGGCUGGGAAGCAUGACCAAUUCACAGACGGUAGAGAUGAGAGAGAUGGGGCAGGAUGGUUACUCGGAUACUGAGCACUUUCCACCAAUGGAAGGCCAUGGCAGGGCCGCUUCCAUGCCCCGCCUGCCAGGCGACAACCAACAGCGGAGGAAAGGGAAGCACCGUGGCAGUAACCUCAGUACCAUCAAUGACAGCGGCACCAUGAAGCGCUCCGCCUCCUCGCUGGGCCACAGCAGGUCCGGGCGCGGCCACAGAGAAAGAGGUGGCCCCAGCGAUUACAACAUGGAGUGUGCGAUACCGGAGGAGGGCAGAGCCUCCAGGCACGGGCACCGGCGAAAAGAGCGCAGUCACCGGGUGUCCGAGCGGUCCCUCUGUCGCUAUAAUGAGGCCGACACAGGCCUGGGCACAGACCUGAGUACGACCACACAGUCAGGCGACCUCACGUCCAAGGAGAAGGACCGGGACCGAGACCGGGGCCGGUCCAAAGACCGGAAGCACCACCACCAUCGGCACCAUCACCACGGCUCCUUCGACAAGGAGCGCUAUGUAGCAGAGCAAGGGACGGAGUACCGACACAGGCACUCCAGGGAGAGAGAGCUCGACCGGGAAAGGGAGCACGACCGGGAGAGAGAGCACGACCGGGAGAGAGAGCACGACCGGGAGAGAGAGCACGACCGGGACAGGGACAGAGAAAGGGACCGGCGCUGGUCGCGAUCACCCAGCGAGGGUCGAGAGUGCAUGACACACAGACAGGGCAGUAGUUCAGUCAGCGGAAGUCCGGUCCCCUCGACCUCGGGGACCAGCACGCCGCGCAGGGGCCGUCGACAGUUGCCUCAGACCCCCGCCACACCUCGGCCUCAUGUCACAUACUCCCCUGUGGUUCGUAAGGCCAUGCCCACAGCCCCCGGGGGGCCGCAGGGACGGUCCCCCGCCCCCCGUCACUUUUCUCCAGAACCCCCCCAAGGCCAGGGUCCGCCCCCUGCUGGCCCCCCAUUGUCCCAACAUGGCCCGUCCCGCCAGGGUCACCACCCCCCGCCCCGCUGGGGGGACACAGGUGGAGGAGGAGGCUCCGUGGAGGGGGAUGGCUGCUUCUACAACCAGGAGUAUCAAGACUAUGAGCCGCACCACGAGCCACCUGCGUACGAGCCCAGCCCCAUGCAGGGCAGCAACCCCCACCCUCACCCCCACCCCCACGCCCUGGCCAACCAUCCUCUCCCGCCCCCCGCGCAACCGCAACCUCAUAACCCCCACCCGCUCCCCCCUCCGCAGCCUCACCCCGGGAGCAACCCCCACCCGCAGCCCGCUCGCACCUCACCGAGAACUGCCCGCCACGCGCCUCCCCCCACCACGGCCCUGACCGGGCCCGCGCAAGGCCAGGUUCAGUCGGCCGCCCAGCGCCGCUUGCCCAACGGUUACCGCUCCUCAUCGCCCUCCGCACACCUCCAUGGACCCCCCCACACUGGGCCCCACAAGGUCCCCCCGCCAGCUGGUCAUCCAAGGGGUCCACGCAAGGGCCUGCAUAAACCCUACAGUGAGAAGGAGGAAGAUGAUUGGUGCUAG